CACAACUAGAAAUCAGUGGUUAAGUUGUAUUUACAACACUUUUCCAGAACAGUUCAACCCAAAUAUUCAGAUGUAUGCUGCGUAUUUUAUAGAGGAUGAGGACUGUUUGCCAUGAGAGUAGCCUGCAAUGCUUCUGUGGCACAAAGGCUGUUUCUAUAAAAGUGAGGCAGCCUGUAAGUAAGUUUUUUAUAUUUAAAUAAUUUGCCAAUUUUAUUAAAAUGCGAGUUUUGAGCAGUGUAGAGCAGAGCUUGUUGUUUGUUGUUUCUCCAAUCACAAAUGCAGAUAUAGUUUUAUGUAUACGCAGCGUGAUACUCAACGCAACGCAUAAAAAGACCGUAUAAGUCAUUAUAAUUAGUAAUCAUGUCCCCACUGGAUGCAACAAAUGCCUCAUUUGAAAUGGGUUGUAUUGGUUUUGUCUGUUCUAGUGAUGUCUGGAUCACGAACGAGUGGUUCUAUUUUCACUACAGUGGUGCAGAAUAAAAGAGCAAGAGCGAGUGCUCAGGUGCCUCUCACAUGCCUGACUCGACCCAACAGGACCAUGGAGAGACUUGCUUCAUACCUUUUCUUUAUUGUCCUUUGUGGUUUGGCAUUGUCCCAGCCGAUAAAAGACAGAAAAUGUUUGAGGGGGAAGGUCAUCACAUUCCCACAGCUGAACACCAACACCUGGGUGAAGCUCCACCCGAAUGAAUCCAUGAACAUGUCUGCAGCCACCGUGUGUUUGCGAUUUUACACUGAACGAAUGAGUCUCGACCCAUGUCUGUUUUCUCUGGCUACACCAUCGUACGCUCAAGACUUUUCUUUACGGUGGUUAGGUUACGUCAAACAGUACGAGAUGACUAUUCAUAACUUCAAGGUUCAGUUGGAUGGUUUGGUGUUUAACCACAAUCAGUGGAUCUCAGUGUGUGCGACCUGGGAAGCCAACAGCGGUCUUGCCCAGAUGUUUGUGAAUAAAGUAGCCAGCAUUAAGAAGGAAGUGGGCCCUAAAGUACCUUUCAAAGGAAAUCCGGUCAUAACACUCGGACAGUAUCAGACCCAAUAUGAUGGAGGGUUCGACCAACUAAAUGCCUUCACAGGUUUCAUAGCAGAUGUGCAUGUACAUGGAAAAGUCCUGCCCAUCCGUCAGAUUAAGACCUACAUGGAGGCAAAGACCAAAUACAAACUUGGGGAUUACAUUAACUGGCACAAUCUGAAUUACACCAUUGCUGGGUCUGCACAAGUGGAAGAAAAGCAUCAAGUAACAUUCGAUAGCAAUGAAGAGCAGCAAUAGUGCUCUGUUGUACUGAACUGUUGUUGUAAUGUCAUGAGAAAUGAAUAAACAUCUUGACAAC